AUGUGUAGAACGUUUGUGCCGAGGAGGCUCUCCAGGUCGUUGAGGUUUUACUCGACUAUUCUUCCGGUGUUGGGCCAGUACGUCGUCCGGCCCUGGCUACACAGCAUAGGCUUGGAGGAGAAAACCGGGGAGGAGCUUGCAGAUGAAAUGGACGACUGGGGUUCCAAGCAGCUUCAAGAAACUUUGCUGAGCCUCGGUGGCUUCUAUGUGAAGACUGGACAGGUGCUCUCGACGCGCGUCGAUCUUUUUUCCAAGCCGUAUACAGACCGCCUGCGAGUGCUUCAGGACAGCCUGCCGCCCGUGGAUGCGGCAGAGAUCCGGGACAUCGUCUCCCAGGAGCUUUGUGGAGGUAAAGGGCUCUCAGAGCUUUUGAGGGAGUUUGACGACAAGCCCCUGGGAACAGCCUCCAUCGCCCAGGUCCACCGAGCCGUCCUCAAUGACGGCCGGGAGGUGGCCAUCAAAGUCUUGAGACCCAACAUGGAACCGGUUCUUCGAGGUGACGUUGCGAACCUCAAAGUCUUUGCUCUGGCUACGCGCGGGAGGCUUCCGGUCGACUAUUACCCGGUCUUCUGCGAGCUUGAACGAGCCUUAGACGGCGAGCUUGAUUUCCUGAACGAAGCACAGAGCGCGAUGAAGGUGGCUGCUUCCAUCAGGCAUGACCCCCUUGGUCGUGAGCUGGACCCACCACUGGUUGUGCCGCAGCCCAUACCUGGCAUGGCGACCCGGAAGGUUCUAGUUAUGGACUUCAUCAAGGGCACGCCGCUAUCCAGACUCGAAGAGAGAGCGAAGGAGCUCGGGAUCGACCUUGGCAGCAAAGCCGGCAAGGUGCUAGGGCGCCGAAUUCUAGAGGCGCUGACGACGGCAUAUGGCAAUAUGAUUUUCUCUUCUGGCUUUAUUCAUGGAGAUCCACAUCCUGGGAACAUCUUCGUGCUCGAAGGCGGCAGGGUAGCACUCAUCGACUGUGGCCAGGUUUGCCAGCUGUAUCGUGAGCAGCGCCUUCUGGUGGCAGAGGCAAUUCUGGCAGCAGCGGCUUAUGAUGGAAGUCGCAAGAUGAUCCAGAUGUUAGCUGAUUGUGUCCGCAACUUUGGUGUCACAUUCUUCAAAGGUCAGGAAGACGAAGAUGCAUGUGCGGCCAGCGUGGCCCUGUAUCUGUUCGGCGAGAAGGAUGUGGAGUUUCCUGGAGGGUACUCCAAAGAGGAGUUCAGCGACAAGAGCCCACUGCGCCAGCUGUCGUCGUUCCCAAUGGAGCUGGUGCUUCUUGGAAGAGCGUCAGUGUUGGUGAAGGGAGUGGCCGCGCGUCUCGGCGUUGAGUGGAGCGUGGCCAAGAAGUGGGAGCCGUUGGCCAGGGACGCAAUUGUGGCCGUUUGUGAUGAGGAUGAAUGCCGUUUGCCUGCCUGGGCUUUGCCCACGGCGUCUCACGCCGCCACCAGCUCAGAGCGCUUACGGCUCGGUGAUGCGGCCAGAGGAUGUGCAGCUCUGAUCCGGCGAUGGGGCAUGGAAAAGGCGGCCAGUGUUUUUGCUGCUCGUCGGAGAGAGCUGGCGAAGGAGGCUCCCGGUCGAGGUGAGAAAUGA